GCAAACAUGUGGUGUGCUGAAGGUGUAGAACUGCUAGCCUCCCAUCAGAUUGAGAAAUGUACAUGUUACGAAUUUGCUGCAAGAGCUUUAAAAAAUGUUGAAGAUUUUCUUCAAAAAGGUUAUGACUUACAGAUCAGUGAGGAAUUAAAAAAUCAUUCAAUUUUUGAAGUUGCAAUUUCUCCUGAGACGCGAGCUCUUGUACAACAGGUUUUAAAACGACUUGAAGACAUGCAGACUGUAUGUGAAAAACGAAAAUCUAGUCUAGAGAAACUUGCAGUCAAGCCAGUACGUCCUGUUCAAGCUGUGGUGCCAGAGCCCAAAGUGCCUUCACAUCCUCCUUUACGACGAAUAUCACCUGACGGAGACAAAAAGCUUUUUAGAAAGGGAACUAAAACAACAAUUGAAAUAUGUUUUGAAGAAAAUGAGGAUGAAUCUAAUUACUUUCGACCAAUUGAAACUGCAGAAAGCACACCUGCUCAAAGAAAUAGUGCAGAUCUGUUAAAACUGAAACAAGGCCAUGUCAUGACUGAGUUAAUAGAAACAGAAAAGACAUAUGUUGCAGAAUUAAGCAGUAUAUUAGAUGGUUAUAUGAAACAAAUCGAUAAUCCUGCCAUGAAAGACAUAGUUCCAUCUAUUCUUUUUGAUCAGAAAGAUGUCCUAUUUGGAAAUAUGGAGGAUAUUUAUUUCUUUCACUGCAACACUUUUUUAAAAGAUCUUGAGAGCUGCAGUAGUACACCUGAACUUGUUGGAAGGUGCUUUGUUCAAAGAAGUGAAUCCUUCCAUAAACUUUACAGCAUUUAUUGCCUGAAUAAACCAAAAUCUGAAUCCCUCCGAAGACAAUGUGGUGAUGACAAUCCCUUUUUCAAGGAAUGCCAAAAAAACCUUGGUCAUAAAUUGCCUCUUGGUGCCUAUUUAUUAAAACCUGUCCAAAGAAUUACCAAAUACCAAUUAUUACUCCAGGAUUUGUUAAAGUUCUGUGAUGAGAACAUUGUAGAGCUUAAAGAAGCACUAGAUACUAUGCUCACUGUAUUAAAAUAUGUUAAUGACAGCAUGCAUCAGGUUGCAAUUACAGGGUUCCAUGGAUGUUUGACUGACUAUGGUCAGCUUCUCCUCCAGAGUCCAUUUAAUGUGUGGGUAGAAAACAAGAAGGACCGCAUUAAAGAAUUACGUUUCAAAGCUCAUCAGCGAUAUAUAUUUCUGUAUGAAGGAUUGGUUCUGUUCACGAAAAAAUAUGGACGUGAGGAGAGCCCUAGUUAUGCAUUCAAAAAUUCAUUAAAAACAUCACAGAUAGGACUUACUGAAAAUAUGCAUGGUAGCAAAGCUGAAGGAAGGAAAUUUGAAUUAUGGCUACAUGGAAGGAAACAAAUAUAUAUUUUGCAGGCACCAACUCCAGAAAUCAAGCUCAAAUGGGUGUCGGAAAUUAAAAGGGUGCUGUUUCAGCAAUUUGAGCAUCUUAAAGAUGAGAACAAGAAACUGUACUCUGAAAAAAUUAAAUGUUUGAAUGGGUUAAUAUCUCAAUCUCCAGUUUCUAAAAGGGCUCAUGUUGUUUCUAGUCAAAGUUGGGAUAAUACUCCACCUGUAAAUAAUAACAUUUUAGAUGAUAAAGUUCCUGAAAAAACAAGAAGGGCAACAUUCUCAUCUGAAGCCAAUUACCAGAAGGAAGACCUUGACAAUCAAGAUGAUGGUUGGUCCACAGAUGAAUUGUCUCAAACUGAAGAUGAAGACGAAGAUGGAGACAUUUUCUUGCAGACAGCUGAGGUUAAAGGCCGAUACAUAGUUCUGGGAGAUUAUGAAGCUGUGGAUGUUGGAGAAGUAUCACUUCAUGAAGGACAGAUUGUAGAAAUAGAAAAAAUUGGCUGUGCUGGAUGGUGGUAUGUGCGUUGCUUAGAUACUGGAUGCCAGGGCUGGGUCCCAGCAUCUUAUCUAGGUCCAACAAGUCAUAAUAAAAGAGGUUCUCGAUCAUCACCAUCAGUGAGUAGUCAAGAUUCGGGCAGUGGGAGUCUUCAACGUGCAGCUAGCAAAUCUAGUGUAGCUAGUAACAUGAGUAGUACAAGCCAGGAAACUGCUAAUUUAUGAUAAAGUAGCAUUUUUCUUACAGAUAAUGCAAUUGCAAGCUUCUACUUAAUGUAACAUGAAAGCACCUGCAUUUUUUGCCACAUGAAUGAAAUUUUACAAUUGCAUCAAAUCAUUAAUAUGAUUUAUAUCUUUAUACGUGAAAAGUAUUUUGUGCUUGUUAUAAACAAAACAGAAAAGUUCUUACCUAAAAUCUCAUCUACAGACUUUUUAUAGCUUGUUUAUUCAUUGUACAAAAGCAAUCAUCAACCUAGUCACUAGCUCUCACAAACAAAUGUUUGCACUUAUUGUAGCACUUAAAAGACAACAUUUUCUCUCCAGAUUGGCUUUUUUUUUUUUUUUUUUUUUUUUUUUUUUUUUUUUUUUUUGGCACUUUUUCCUUUUUAUUUCUUUAAUUAAUUUUACACUUUUUUCUUAAAGCAUUUUAAAAAAAAAAACUUAAUUUUAUAAUGCAGCAAUAUUAAAUUUAAAAGAUUUCAGUGAAAUGAGUUUCUUAAAAUAGAUUUGACAGCAUACAGUAAAGCAAAAUAUAAGUAGUAAUUAAAUCAGGCCCUUUGUGCUGCAAUACUCAAAUAGCAAAUACUGAUAGAAAAUUGUAAAUAUAUACAUAUAUACUAAUUGAUAGUCAUUGUAUAGUAAAACAUUUGAAGAAUUCAUCAUUGGAAUAAAUUACUGUAUGCCUUUGGCAUUGUAAUCUAAUAUAAAAAGUUUUUAUUUUGUUGCUUAUUUGUUUGAAAAUUUAAACCUUGUAUAUUUGAUGUAAUAAAUCAAAAUGUUUUUGUAAAUAUUGUAUACAGUGUUUUGUAAGGCAGUGCUGAUAGUUAUUUAUUUUGCAUAAUUAAUUAGAUUAAGGAAGGUGGGAAUCCUGAAAAAUUUUUUUAUGUUUCUCUGGAGCAAAGUUUUUAUGUCAUUUUUCAUCUUGGGUAAUGCUGUGUAUGAAUAGGAAACCUUUUUUAUUUCAAAUUUGGCAAAUAAAUACUUAAAAUACUUUUUUCCAUUAUAUUCUUACAUUUUGUUUUCAAAAUCUCUCUAUAAGAAAUGCAAGUAGUGUAUAAAAUUUGAUGUUUUUCUUUAAAUUGUGUCUGACUAAAGUUGUACAUUUUAUUAAAUUAUUUAUGUACCAAAAUUAUUUGUACAUGUUUAUAGUAAUAAAUAUUGUUUUAUUUCACA